CGCGUUCCGAGCGUUUCGCCUGAAGUUUCAGCGGAAAAUCGUUGAUCGUAAUGUCAUUAAAUCUGAUUAUUCGGAGCUACGUUGUUUGGCAUAAUGUGAAAGUGAAAUCGAGGAAAUGAGUGUCAUUGCUGAUUGUGAGUGCACGUGCGAUGGAAAAUUCAAAAUGGCGGUAACCGCUCGGAAAAUGUACAAGGUGUUUGUUUACCAGGUGUUUGUUGGGAGCUUAGAAGCAUCAGUGACGUUGCGGUGUUAUCGCGGAAAAUAGAUCGAAUGACUCAUUGGUUUAAACUUCAGGGGCAUUGUCUGUGUUUUUAGUUUUGGAUGAUUAAAGGUUCAAGAAGAAAAUUUCGAACUAAGUGACGUACAGUGAGUGCUUUGAAUUGUCGAACUUUGUUGAAACAUCCUCUAUGUUUUAUGAAUCGCAAAUUUAAAAUAAAGCAUAAGUUUAUUUUUAAAUUUGAAUCCAGCGUUAUGUCAGGAGCAUUCUGAAUCGAUGAAGUGUUCGAAUACAGUGGAAUUUGUAAAACUUUGGACAUUAUAGACGGGAAUGAUAUGUGUAAACAAACAGUAGUGAAUGAGUGCGAUGACAAAAUGAUGUUCACUGGUGGGAAUCACCAUAAGAGAAAGACUAGUUCCAGUGAUCUGAAAGAACGAAGGAGGGAGAGACUUGCAUCUAAGGGCGCGGAUUGUGAAAAGGAAAGGAGAAAGACAUCAAAAUUGCGUGCUUACGAAGGCAACAGCAGUGGUUACUCCAGCUACCAGUCAACAUCUACAUUAGUAAGAACACCAUCUGCAGAAUCUGACGAUGAUGAACGUAGAUAUCUUGGUAGAGGGCCAAAGAGGAGAGGUGCUGUCAAAUUCCAGAGAUUCCAUGAAAUCAAAGGACAUCAGUUUGUUGCGAAGUUUUUUCGGCAGCCGACCUUUUGCGCAUUUUGCAAAGACUUCCUAUGGGGCUUCGGGAAACAGGGCUACCACUGCCAGUUUUGUCAAACUGCUGUACACAAAAAGUGCCAUGAAAAGCUAUUGGGCAAAUGUCCUGGAUCCGGGCUGAACUCUGAAAGUACAAUUUAUCUGAGAGAACGGUUCAAGAUCGACUUGCCUCACAGAUUCAAAGUCCACACGUUCAUGUCUCCAACUUUCUGUGAUCACUGCGGUUCGCUACUAUAUGGUAUUUACAAACAGGGUCUCAAAUGUGAAGGUAGGUUAUCAGUUUCUUAAAAAUUCCAAGCAAAUGUGCCUAUGUAAACUUUAUAC